CAGCGGUAAAACCAGACUGGAUAUUUAGUCUCAUUUUCAAAAGUUGCCUCAAAUAAUUUACAAAUGGAGUUAAUGACAGAACGUUAUUUUCAAAAACCACUACGACUGAGUCACAGUGCAUCAAAUUUACCAGAUAUUUUGCAAUAUGCAAGAUCAGGAUCUUCAGGAAGAUUUGAUGAUAUAACAGAAGGCAGUUAUCCAGCUAUUUAUACCCACAGGAAUAUCAGAUCAUUUACACCCUGGCGCCCCAAGUCUCAUUUUUCCCCCGACCGAUUAUCUUAUUUUAAUGAUGACAAGUCAGCAAAAUUACUGGGCCCCAUUGUCAACGUUACUGGAGAUUCGCUAGGUUUACAUGAACUGGAGGGUUUAAGAAUUCCUUCUAUAUACUCAGCUGCACGCAACGCUUUAUACACAAGAUAUACGCCUGCCGACUGGACUAAGGGUAAUUUUACUCGGCUGUCAAACUCAGAGCAGGCAAUGAAGAGAGCUGAACAUAUAAGAGGAAAUGGAGAACGUUUGGGAGUUGAAGCAGAUGACAGAAUUAAACGAGCACAACAGGAAGUUGGCAGACUACUUGGUCAAAGAAUUAAUGAUAUCAAUUAUAUGAAACAUGAAUUAAAUAACGAAAUUGAUGCACUUAUUAAUGAAAUGAAUAAAUUAAAUGAAUCUAAACGAAUUGCUGAAAAAGCAUUCGCCGAAAUUGAAAAUCCAUUACAUAUUACACAAGAAUGUUUAUAUCAUCGGGAAAAACGUCAAUCUACUGACCUUGUACAUGAUCAACCAGAAAAAGCACUUUUAAAAGAAAUUGAUGGAAUAAAAGUUUGUCAAGAACAAAUUAAAAAUAUUAUAAAUCGUGCUACAGCACAAUUAGGUUUAUGUCGUAGUGUUCAACAUGAAUUAGAACAAGAUAGUUCAGAUAAAUUUAGGGCAUUACAAUUGGAUCAAUUAGCUCAUCAAUUACGUAAUUCAUCGGCUAAUAUUGCAUUAUAUGGUGAUAUUGAGAAAUUAGAAAAAUGGAUGAGUGUACCGGAAAAGUGGGCUGAACACACAAGCGCUAAUUUAAAACGUUCCCAAGCUGAACGUGCAGCAAGUCGAUCUAUUCGUGAAGCAAUUGAACAUUGUUUAGGAGCAACAUUUAGUAAAAUACGUGAUUUAUGGUCUUCAACUAAUGCAUGUUUAUCUCAACGUAUACAAGAAACAAUGGAAGCUAAGAAUAGAAUACAAGUUCAAUUAGAAAAGAUUAAUCAAGAAUUAUUUGAUGUUGAAAAGAAUAUGGAAUAUUUAAAAAGAUGUAUAGCUGAUAAACAAGCACCAUUGAAAGUGGCUAGAACAAGAUUAGAUUUACGUAAUCGACGUCCAAAUAUUGAAUUAUGUCAUGAUGAUCCACAUGAAAGAUUAUUACGUGAAAUAGCAGAAUUACAAGAAUCAAUUGAUCAACUUGUCAGUCAAUUAACAGAUAUACAAACAGCACAUCAAGAUUUAUUAAAUAAUAAAAGUCGUUUAGAAAUGGAUUUAUCUAUUAAAGCUAAUAGUAUAUAUAUUGAUCGUGAAAAAUGUUUAGGUUUACGUAAAACAUUUCCAAUGAAUCCUUCUUUAAUUGCACCAGUAUAAUGUAUAAUAUUACUUUUUCUUUCUCUUUCUUGUUUCUUAGAAAAAAAUAUGAGACAUUAAAAAAAAGAAAAUACUAGUAACUAUUCCUUAUUAUAGACAAAAAGUUCUUUUUUGUUUUCUUAAUGUUACAGUCUUUUUUUAAAUUCUAUAUUAUUUAUAAAUAGUUAUAAAUAGUUACUAAGUCUAUUCUAAUAAUAGUAAUGGUAAUAAAGAAUGAUACACCCCAAAAUUUUACUAACCAACCACCCACUUAAUCAAUUCCGCACUAUCUUUUCUUUUCUCAAUCUUUAUUGAUUAGUUGAUUAGUAGUAACAUGAUAAAUUAUGUCUGUGUAUGUAUUUUACUACAUGAAUGUACUAAUAUUUAUUUGUUGUACUACUUAUUGUAUCUCAUGGAUGAUCCAUGUUUCCGUUAGUUCUAGGGAAUUUGAAGAAAAUAACAGACGGAUUGAAGAAUACAUUUACAAACAUAUACGUACAUAAACACACAUACAUACAUACAUACAUUGAUCUGUAAAAAAUACUAAGUAAUUGUGUUCAAAUAUACGUUAA